UACAGCAUUUGGUCACUAAAAUUUUGUUUUACUUCUAAAAUUAUGUUUCAUCUUUAAGUUUUGAUCUCCAGAGUUAUCAGUGGGUUCAGUCUAUGAUUUUUGCUAUUAAUGAAAUAAAUAAGAAUGAAGAUCUUCUACCAAACCUUAGUUUGGGUUAUGCCAUUUAUGACACCUGUAACAGUAUCACAAGAGCAGUGGAACAGAUGUUUGCACUUAUCACAGGGAAUGAGGUCUAUGUUCCCAAUUACCAGUGCCAUAUAAAUUCCUCUUUAGCAGCGGUGAUUGGAGAAUCAUCUUCCACUAUUUCCAUUGCUAUGGCAACAAUUCUGGGAAUUUACCAGUAUCCUCAGAUUAGCUACUUUUCAUCCCUCCCUGCUCUCAGUAACAAGAAGGAGUUCCCAUCUUUACUUCGCACCAUACCCAGUGACACAUUUCAGUCCAAAGCAUUUGCUUACCUUGUCAAGCACUUUGACUGGAAGUGGGUUGGUACUUUGGCAGAAGAUAUUGAGUAUGGAAUUCAAGGAGUCCAACUGUUCAGAGAAGAGGUGGAGAAAUAUGGUGUUUGCAUUGCUUUUGCAGAAAAAAUCCCACUUACGUUUUCAAGAGCAACCUAUCAACAGAUAGCAGAAACUAUUAAAAGUUCCAAUGCAAAAGUUAUAGUAGUUUUCUCUGGUGACAGUAAUCUGCUUCCCCUAGUGGAGGAGAUUGCUAAACAGAACAUAACAGGUAUUACCUGGCUUGCAAGUGAGGCCUGGAGCACAGCUACAUACAUCUUAAAAGAAAACCAAAUUAAACACUUUGAAGGAACAUUGGGAUUUGCAAUCACUAAAAGUCAUAUCCCAGGUUUGCAUGAAUUUCUUGUCGGCCUCCAUCCUUUUAAUGAACCUCAAGAUAUGUUUAUAAAGGAACUCUGGGAAAACAUUUUUGAAUGUCUGUGGAAUCCAGGAGUUAAACAUGAUAGACGAGAGUGCACCGGGGCGGAAAAUCUUGAAAAAUUGACAAACACAUUUUUGGACACCUCUGAACUGAGAGUUACCAGCAAUGUUUAUAAUGCAGUGUAUGCUGUAGCUCAUGCACUGCAUAACUUGCAGUCUUGUGAACAGGGCAAAGGUCCUUUUGAGGAAGGGAGAUGUGCAGAUAUUCAUGCGUUUGAACCAUCACAGCCUCCUGCUUCUGUGUGCAGUAAGAGUUGCUCUCAAGGUACAAGACGCAGUGCACAAAAAGGUCAGCCUGUGUGCUGCUUUGAUUGUGUUGAAUGUCCUGAUGGCAUGAUUACCAAUGGAACAGGUAUGAUACAUUUACAAAAAUUAUUCCUUUAAUAACAUAAAGUGUACCUUAAUUGCAUAUAAGCUGGCAGUUAAAAUAGUAUGCUGAUGAAUUAGUAGUAAGCAUGUUGCUGGUCUGAUGUACAGAUUUUGUUUUUCUGAGUUUGCUAUCGUAGAAUUACAGAUCAUCUAAUCUGCAUAUGCAAUGAUAAAAAUAAAAAAAGAAAAUCAGUAAAGGCAUGUAGGGGUUGGCAAUAGUUAGAAGUAGAUAAUUAUUCUAAACUCCAUGGCACAGUAGGCCAUUUUUUUAAGUGGUCUUUACAGUAUAGAGGGAUGCAUAGGACGGUUUUUUAACCCACGUCAAUCCACUUAAACACUUAAGUCCCAUCCAAAGCAUCAAAAUUGU